GCGUCUCCCCUGAAGGCAAGGUCGGCGGUACCGGUAACGGACCAGUGUUCCCCCUUCUACAAUAGCCGUGGUGAUGGCUAUUUGUGUUUUGGCGAUCCAGGGUGAGCGCUGCCAGAUAGAGGUGAACGAGUGUGUCACAUCCCUGCAGGAACGGAGCUACCUGUAUAGACAGGGUGGGCAGGUACGACUGCCUCUGCAGCCCAGGGUUCACAGGUAAGAUGAGAAAAGAGACCGCUCCAAAUGGGAGAGUGAACGAGUGAAACAGGGAUGUACUACCUGAAUUUAGGUCACAAAGGGUUUUGCUCUGUUGUUAAAAGAGUAAAGGAAAUAGAGCCUCUAAUAUCAGUGCAUGAUGAUCAGUAAGCCAGUCAACAUAGCCGUGGUGAUGGGGCGGCAGGUAGCGUAGUGGUUAAGAGCGUUGUGCCAGUAACCGAAAGGUCGCUGGUUCUAAUCCCCGAGCCGACUAGGUGAAAAAUCUGUCGAUGUGCCCUUGAGCAAGGCACUUAACCCUAAUUGCUCCUGUAAGUCGCUCUGGAUAAGAGCGUCUGCUAAAUGACCAAUUAUUUUUAUAAUUAUUUUUUAACAUAAAAGCAUUUCACAUUGAGUAUUAUCUCCACAAGUGCAUGUUGAUAUUCCUGUUCAUGUUUCUCUAAACUGACCUGUACAGAUGGUUUGGCCAGUGUGUGUUAUAUGACCCGACCACUCUGACUGACUCUGUCGGCCAUAUUGGAUGUUUGAUGUUCUAGGUGCCACCUGUGAGGUCCAGAUUGACGAGUGUCAAUCACAGCCCUGCCUCAAUGCCGGGAGUUAUCAUGACUACGUCAACGGCUUCUCGUGCACCUGCAUGUCCAGUUUCCAGCGCGACCACUGUGAAAUCGGAAUUGACGAGUGCCAAGACCAGCCAUGCCAAAAUGGGGCCCUAUCUAUUGAUGGGGUUAAUGAGUAUGUAGUUUGUGUGUGAGAGAGAUUGGUCGUUUUUUUGUGUGGAGUAAAACAAGAAUCGCUUGCUUGCAGAGCUUCACUUUUUAUUAGAAAAGUCAAUGGCACUGAAACUGAAAGAUCUGUACCUAAAAAUCCUUGUCGUUCAGGUACAGCUGCGACUGCUCUCAGUCCACCUUCACUGGGCGACACUGUGAAACUCCUCUCCCUCCAUGCAUGCCCCAGCCCUGCAUCAACAGCGCCACCUGUCUCGAGGACGAGGGGAACUAUACAUGUGACUGCUGGCCAGGUACAGUACAGUCACACAUAUAGUUACAGAACAGAAAGCACUGUAGGCAUGUCAUUUGUUCUUGAAAUGGCACCUGCAGCCGCUCUCUAGACUUUCUCCAAGGGGGUAUGAGAGUAAGGUGGAGUGAGGGGGAGACAGGGAUCUCAACUAGCACAAAACAUUCUAAGAACUUGGUGAGAGCGUGGUUGUCCUAUGGUUAUUUUGCAUUGAGGCUUCCGACAACUUUCUGGAAAUGGUGCAGGAUAGUUGCUUGGUUUUGGAACAUUCUCAGCACAUUAAGGAACUUGACAAAAAUACUUAAUUUUCUUGGUAUUUCAUUACUUUAACAGAGCGUUACCUAAAGAUUCACGAAUGGUAAAAAAAAUAAUGUUUAAGUAUUAUUCUAGGAACAUUCUCCAAAUGAUUUGACAUUGGGAAUGUUCUCAAAAAGGUCAGAGAACUUUAAGAAACUACGUUCUUCUGUGGGAAUUUCAGUACUUCCACAGAACAUUCCACACAAGUUCCCAUAUGGUUCUAUUUAAUGUCAUAUUUUUACUACAUUCUGGGAACGUUCUCAAAAAUGGUGUGACUUAAGUGAUGUUCUCAGAACAUUCAGAGAAUGUAUGGUUCUCUCAUAUUCAUUUUGUUCUCAAAAUAUGGAGAACGUGUUCCAUAAAAAACAAAAAAAACUAUUCACUUUAGAAAAUGUUUUAAGAAUGUUAAAACAUACAUUCCGUUCGCAGAACAUUAAGAAAACGUUCUAUAAAUACCACAAGAAAACUUUAUGCUGCAUUCGUGACCAAGUGGGAAGUGGGAAUUUACCACCAUAGAGUUAGAUAGAGGACUCUAGAUGAAUAAAACCUAUUUUGGCAUUGGCAUGGAGAUCUUCCACCAUUUAAAAGUAGUCAACUUGGUGGGCCUUCCUAUGUGUGAAGGAAGGAUCACAUGAUUUCAUCCGGGUCAUCAGGAGGGAUCAGCCAAUGGAUUAUACUCGUGAGCAAACAUUCCAUAACUGUAGGUAGCAGUAAAUUGCCAACCUUGGCUUUAUACCUGUUCAAACAACACACUCUAGCUGGCAGUAUGCACCCUUUCAGUUUGUUUCCCAACUCAUAGAAGUAGUAGGGGAAAAAAAUGACUACUUAAAUGGAGAUGGCCUCAAUAGUGCUGCCCGUGCGCUCACAAAUGAUAUAAUGGAAAGGGAAAGGAAAGGGGGAUACUAGUCAGUUGUACAACUGAAUGCAUUCAACUGAAAUGUUUCUUCCGCAUUUAACCCAACCCCUCUGAAUCAAUGGGACAUACAUAAAGAGGAUAUCUCUAUCAUUCUCAGUCAAAUUUGCUUCUCUGGCACCCCAAUGGUGGAACAAGCUCCCCCACGACGCCAGGACAGCGGAGUCACUGACCACCUUCCGGAGACAUUUGAAACCCUACCUCUGUAAGGAAUACCUGGAAUAGUCUAACAGUAAUCCUUCUACACCCCCCCUCCCCCAGUGGUGGUUGCCCCACUGGCUAUCCUAAGUUGAAUGUACCAAUUUGUAAGUCGCUCUGGAUAAGAGCGUCUGCUAAAUGACUUAAAUGUAAAUGUACAAUUCUCUAUGUUUUCCACAUAAGACUGGGAAAAAUAUAUUUGAACAGCCCUCCAACUGGUAAUUACUAGUGGAAACUCAUAAAUUCCCACUUUGUUACGAACGCAGCACUAGUAACAUUCAGAAAAAUUUCUAAGAAUGUUAUUUAAAGGACCAGUGCAGUCAAAAACAUGAUUUUCACUGUGUUUUAUAUAUAUACACAUUGAACAAAAAUAUAAAUGCAACAUGUAAAGUGUUGGUCAAAUGUUUCAUGAGCUGAAAUAAAAGAUCCCAGAAAUGUUCCAUACGCGCAAAAAGCGUAUUUAUCUAAAAUGUUGUGCACAAAUUUGUUUACAACCCUGUUAGUGAGCAAUUCUCCUUUGCCAAGAUAAUACAUACACCUGACAGCUGUGGCAUAUCAAGAAGCUGAUUAAAUAGCAUGAUCAUUACACAUUUGCACCUUGUGCUGGGGACAAUAAAAGGCCACUCUAAAAUGUGCAGUUUUGUCACACAACACAAUGGCACAGAUGUCUCAAGUUUUUAAGGGGGAGUGCAAUUGGCAUGCUGACUGCAGGAAUGUUCACCAGAGCUGUUGCCAGAGAAUGUAUUGUUUAUUUCUCAACAAUAAGCCGUCUCCAACGUCCAACUGGCCUCACAACCACAGACCAAGUGUAUGGCGUCGUGUGGGCGAGCGGUUUGCUGAUGUCAAGGUUGUGAACAGAGCUCCGUGGUGGUGGUGGGGUUAUGGUAUGGGCAAGCAUAAGGUAUGGACAACGAACACAAUUGCAUUUUAUCGAUGGCAAUUUGCACAGAGAUACCGUGAUGAGAUCCUGAGGCCCAUUGUCAUGCCAUUCAUCCACCGCCAUCCCCUCAUGUUUCAGCAUGAUAAUGCUAAGCUCCAUGUCGCAAGGAUCUGUACACAAUUCCUGGAAGCUGAAAAUGUACAAUUUAUUUCAUGGCUGCAUGCUCACCAGACAUGUCACCCAUUGAGCCUGUUUGGGAUGCUCUGGAUUGAUGUGUACGACAGCGUGUUCCAGUUCCCGCCAAUAUCCAGCAACUUCGCACAGCCAUUGAAGAGGAGUGUGACAACAUUCCACACGCCACAAUCAGCAGCCUUUAUGCGAAGGAGAUGUGUUGCGCUGCAUGACGCAAAUGGUAGUCAAACCAGAUACUGACUGUUUUUCUGAUCCACUCCCUACCUUUUUUAAAAAGUUAUCUGUGACCAACAGAUGUAUAUCUGUACUCCCAGUCAUGUGAUAUCGAUGGAUUUGGGCCCAAUUAAUUAAUUUGAAUUCACUGAUUUCCUUACAUGAACUGUAACUCAGUGAAAUCUUUGAAAUUGUUGCAUGUAGCAUUUAUAUGUAGCAUUUUGUUCAGCAUAUUUCCACACUAUGAGGUUGGAAUAAUAUUGUGAAAAUGAUAAUGCCCUUUUUAGUGUAGGAGCUGUUUGAAAAGACCGCCUGAAAUUACAACCUGGUUUGCCGGUCAGGAAACUUUUCUCCUUGAACCAAUCUGAAACCAAAAACACACGUUCCCACAACUUCCAGAGAGAGAGAGAGAGCUCACACAAUGUGGGAAAUGUAUUUGUAAUCCUGAUAAAUAUAGAGGGGUGUGUGCAUGCACGCGUCCCUCCCUGCGUGUGUCGUUGUUUAACCCCUCUAUAUGCCUUACACUGUCCUGUCCAGGGUUCAAGGGUCGUCAGUGUGAGGUGGAUGUGAGUGAGUGCAGUAGCAGCCCCUGUUUCUAUGGUGGCUGGUGUAUAGAGCUGUCCUGGCAUAGCCUGUAUGGUUCAAAGCGUCUGCUUCCAAACCACUACAACCCACAGCACGCACGCUUCAUAUGUCCAUGUUUCAAAUUGCUGGGGUACUUGAUGAUUCUAUGCACUCCCAUAACAAAUUAGGGCAUGCUCAUUUAAAAUAUGAAAACCAUAAGUAUGGAUAUGGAUAUUGGUCCAGCCUAUUAUUUAGGGCACGCCCAAGAGUCAAUGAUCAGCUCUCAGUUUCAUAACUAUAUGACAGGUACCAAGCAUGUAUAUGGUUGUAGCUUGGUAUUUACCGUUUUUACCCAUUCACACUCUUCUAUUACAAAAUAGGAAUAUUCUAGUCGCCCUGCUGCUUACGCAAGCCUGUGAUCUGCCUGUAAGGCCCAGCAGGUAAGACUAGUGGCUGCGUCUCCUAACACUGUUAUAUAAUUGACUCCCCAGCAGUCAUCAGUGUUCACUCUGUAAGAUGGCACUAAUUGUAUUAGUGUUAAUCCUGAGGAUCUGACUUUCCCUGACUCCUGCCUGCAGAAGGACUCAGCACUGUGUUCUGUUGUGCAUGGCUAAAGACAAAAGGACAGGGACUGCCGGCUACUAUGAUGACCUAUGGUCACAAUGAGAUUGUACACACAGUGGUAGUUGACAUCUAGGCGAGUGUGCAGUUAUUGGUGGGAAACUCAUAAACCGACGCAAUGCUGAAAGUGGAAGUAUGGAUUUGGAGCAUUCUAUUGCUAAGUGCAGGUAUGGUUAUAUGUUGUUAUUCAUGCUUCAUGUAUGUGACUGUUUGUUUCAAUGACAAUGCAUGCUUGUAAUGGUAUUGUUAUACAAUCUCAUUAAUGUAAAUGGAAUUAAGUGAUUGUUGGUCGUCGUGUUUUAGGCUUCCCAUCUUUUCUGUUUGUUGUUGUAGACUGGAUUGAGAAAAUGUCUUAAUCUAGUAACUUUUGUUGCUAUUGUUUUGUAUGGUGUUUAUUCUAUACAAAAGUAUUUACUUCAGCAUCACACUGUAGCAUGCAUACAGCUCCAUUCUGUGUAUUGUAAGUAAUGCCUAACUUGGCUCACUAGUACUAUAUAGUAUCGCACAGUACACAUAACACCAGCGCCAUCUAUUGGCUUGGCGACAUCUCGUAACAGCUAUGUGGUUGCUACUGUAUAUAAGAUUGAAUGGGUCUACUGGCCUAAAUAGAAGUCAUGGUACUGUAUUUUACCACUGACAUAUUCUUAUUUUAAGAAUAGAUGCUUAUGGUUUCUUUAUCUGAAAUCCAAUUGAAAUUAAAUCUAGACGUGGACAUUUUACUUUACUUUUACUUUUUACUUUUUACUUAAUCCUGAUGUGACAUACUCUAAUUUAUAUAUAAACAUAAAGCUCCCGGCUACUAUCCAAUCAAAGCCACAUUGACAUUAUCCCAUCCCUGGUUAGCCACUAUUGGCUUAAAAAGCCAAAUGUAACACAAUACCUGCCAAAUAAUUACCAGCAUCAUUGCCCCUCUGUCUGUUUGGUGCACGUGUUUGUCGAUCAUCAAUCCGUAUGUAGUCAGUUAGCGAUGCUAAUGAUAACCGGCAUCUUGUGGGUAGACAAAGGCUUUCCACAAAAACCUUCUCAAUUAAAUGUAAACUGCAAAGUACCCACUGGGAAAAAACUGGUUGAAUCAACGUUGUUUUCACAUCAUAAAAUGUUUUUUUAUGUGAUGACGUUAAAUCAACGUGGAAAACUGAUUGGAUUUGAAAAAAGUCAUCAACGUAAGGGAAUUGCACAUUUUUUUACUCAACUUUUAACCUAACCCAAUGACAUGGUGAAAUUGUUUGUUGAUUUCACGUUGAUUUCACAUUAGUUGACAACUCUACCAAAUGUAAAUCAAAACUAGACAUUGAACUGACGUCUGUGCCCAUUGAGUAGGCUUACCUGACAGGACUAUAUGAUUAUUUGUAUCAAUUGGGUGGUCAUUGUUUUGCAAACUCUGCCAUGACAUGUUCUGCAGCAGUAGGACUAACAGCAGAAACAUCACUAGACCAUCACAUUCCUCUCGUGCUAGAUGUACAAUUAAAGGGGAAUUACACUCAAAAAUCUAAAUGUGUUCUUUUUUUCAGACUUAAAAAAUUAUAUUCUGAUGUGGUUUAAACAUUGACAUGGACUCGUAAAAUCCAUAUUCGUUGUUUCUCUAUUAAUAAUUGUAAUAAUUGUAAUAUCGAGCGUAAGAAACUGGAAAAAAUCCAAACAAAAAAAAGAAACAAAUUGAAAACAGAGUUCUGGAAAAUACAAAAGAUGAUUGUAUGGGGCCUGUCAUACCAAAUACUGUUUAUUAACCAUUAUAUGAACAGGGAUAUUGACAGAAAACAUCUCUUGUACACCAAGGACCCGGGGAAGAGUUGCAGGGUAGAGGAGAAGAAGGCACCUAUUUGAAAGCAAAAAAAAAACGUGUAGCUCUCAAUAUGUUACAUUUUUUAAAAGUAGCUCUCAUGCUAGAAAAGGUUGGAGACCCCUGGGUUAGAGUAUCAACCUGAUAAUGUUAAUUGAUUGAUUGAUUGACAACACAGGGGAUAACACAUUAAAGUGAUUCUACUUGUUUCCAACGUGUUCCCUGAAGGAAUACACACAAGACAGACAAAACAAAACAACAGUAAUCCCUUGCAUCACACAGCAUAAAAUAACAAAAUAAUUAAAAAGAACAAUAUACAGGAAAAUGAACUCUAUAUACAUCAUAAAUCAAUAUUUGGGCCAGUAACCGAAAGGUCGCUGGUUCGAUUCCCCGAGCCGACUAGGUGAAAAUCUGUCAAUGUGACCUUGAGCAAGGCACUUAACCCUGAUUGCUCCUGUAAGUCGCUCUGGAUAAGACUAAAAUGUAAAUGUACAUCUAUAUCAUUAUCAAUAAAUCUGUAUAAUAGAUAACUUGGCCUCGGGGCCAAACCUCUGCCUUCACAUUUCAGAUUAAGAUUACUUUAAUGGUCAUUUGAACAACCGAAAUGUGUCUUCCGUUUUGAACCCAAACCCUCCAAAAUAGACACAUACAGAUGUCGGAUCUUAACUUGAUCACCCUGCUGAGAAUUUUCCUGAUGCAUCAGGAAAUUCAAAUGAGCCUCUUGAGUGGCUGAAAAUGAGCAGUUCUCUUUCUCUCCAUGCAGUGGCAGUAGAGUCACUGGGAUCAGAGCUUGCUAUCAAAAUUAUGUUCUCUCUCUCUCUCGUUCGCUCAAACGCUAGGCCUAGGUCCUAUUGCUGCAACAUUCAAGUGUACAAAAAUGUAUCUGAAAUUCAGCCAUACACAUCAACAACCAACGUUUUAUAUAACUUAAUGACACAAGAUAUAUAUUGGUCUCCACUAGGCUACGACAUACAAGUGUCUAGUGUAUCCUAAGGUUAUGAAUGAACUCGUGGCCUGGGGUGGUCUAGCGGUUAGGGCCGCUGCCUUCAGAGCGCACAUGUAGGCCUACCAUGUAGAUAGAACGUGUGGUUACCUAGGUUACUCCAUUAGCUCACAGCACAAACUUGACAUUUGUCAAACGCUAUUUUCUUGUCUGCUUGUUUUAGUCAAUUACAAAACUACAUUCAAGAAAAGUACAACAUGUCUAAAGAUUACUUUUCAACAUUGCCUGCUCCUGAGUGUUCUCACUUCUUAGAAAAACAUAAUAAUGUAGGGCUUCCCUCAUGCCUCUUUUCAUGACGGUGCUAGCAGCCACAUUACCAACAACACAAACAAACAGUCUAUACAUCUACAAGUAGUGAGUGGAGUUACUAAACUAUCCACCUCAUUUUCGAACGCUUUCAAAACACUGAAGCCAAACGGGGAAACUAUGGCUACAGCUUCCUCCAUGCUCGUGCAUUAUUACAACUAAUAUGCGCGCCACUAGAAGUCCCUGCAUUAGUUUCUGUUAGCCGAUACAUUCUGAAAAUAGUGGGCUACCCAUGAUUUCGUUAGGCCUAUGUGAUAAACUUUUUUUUUAAAUUUCGCUGUGUAAAUUGACUGGAUAUAUUCACUGCAGUAUUAAGCCAAACAUUGAGCUUAUGAAUUAUGGGCUAAUAUGCAUACGCUUCUAGUUUAGGCUAUAGGCUACAUCCCGAGCCUGUCGGUCUCUGUUCUGUUGCGCAAUUACGCACCUGGCAUCUCCGCUGCCUUGGCUAUUCCUCUUACCACUAUUCUUGCAGAGAAUUUAAAACAGACGGCUAAAUCGUCUGCUAAUAAAGGACUAGUAAAGGCCCAGUGCUACUUUUAUUUGUAUUUAUUUUUUUAUUUUAUUAAUACAAUUCAUUUGUUUUGGGUUUUUUUUUAGGGGGUGCUGCAGCACCCUCAGCACCCCUACUUCCCGCGGCUAUUGCACUCCAGGAACAGUGUUGCCUACCCCGGGCUAUAGGCUAUGCAAGCCUCUCCGCAAUAUGCCAUUCCGCUUCUCUUAAAGUCCAACGAAAAGCUAUACUAGGCCUAAUAGCCCAUUCAGCACUGAGCCCGUUCUACAGGGCCUCUGCUUUUUGCAGCCCCUAGAUGUAGAAGAAGCGAGUGUUUCAAUACUAAUCGUAAGAAUGGAACACCCUGGAUAAAAACGUGCUUUUAAGUCUUAUUUGAUAGUGAGGGACACAUUCAACCCGACAAUUGGUAAAUUGUGUUCCUAGAGAUUAUGGAAAUGCCUUUGUUGAUGUAAAAAAAUGUUUGGGUGAAUCCGACUAGUUUACAGUUGGUUAAUCAAGGAGUCCAGGCUAGGGAUCUUUUCACAAAUAGCCAUCUGUAACAUUAAAAGUAAAAAUUGUUAAUGUAAAUGGUAAUUUAAAUGGCUAGUUGCGGGACGAAGCUACAAGUUUACCUGUCAUGUCCACAACAAUGGAGCAGCAGACCAAGCAAUAUGCGAGAGAAGGACCCUAUACCGUAAGAUAAUUAUUCUGGUCAGUGUCAACUUCAUUUAUUCAUUUAUUUUGAUUCUGCUACUUGUUAUUCGUGUUAGAUAUUUCCAUUUUGGGAUAGUCGUUCACUGAAUUGCUAGCACUAGUUGCUCAUGCUGCUACAGUGGCUACAAACGUCUCGCGCUCGGUGGAAUGUGAAUGCAUUAUCACAUGAUACUGCCUUAGAAUCCCUUCCCAAAUGGCAGUAACCUACUGGAAAACCUACUAAGGCGUGGGCGUGAACUCGUGAUGCCCGGACCCAAAGCAUGCUGCUCAGACGACUACGCUACGGCAGUUGACAAUGCAAGUCAUGAGAAUACUUGAUGGUAUGAGGUCGGUUGGUUUGCAGAGCCUUCCCCAAACCAUAGCCCUAGGUACGGUACUGCAUUGUAUAGUCCACAAACACUGCUUCAAAUCCUCCUGCGACAAAAUUGAUCAUAUCAAGAUCUGAAUGUACACGUAUAUAUUUUUGGAGAGGUGCAGGGGGCUGCCACUCUGGGCACCGGGGGAGUUGUUGCUGUGGGGGAUUAAGUGCCUUGCAUAAGGGAAUCUAGGAUUUGAUACCAGUAACCCAGUUGCUAGCUCACUUCCCACCAGAUAUUGCACUGGAGCUCCCCCUUAACGUCGGACUCGGGAUUCAAACUGGCAACCCUCCAGUUGCUGGCUCACCUCUAACAACUAGGCUACCUGCCGCCCAUGAUGAAGCAGAGGCAUAAAUGCCUGUCAGUGAUACAGGUUGACCUGACAAGGUGUUGAGGAUGUUUAGGUUCAGCUCAGAGAUGGCAUCACGGGGUGGAUGGCACCGCAGGCAGCUUCCUCUAGUCUAAAGCUUAACGUAACACCAAUAUAGACUAUACAUGGCACAUAGACAAUACAUAUAUGGUGUAGGUUUACAUGUCUCCAGUAAGAAGAAAUAGUGUAGUCAUGUACUAUAAUAAGUUAGAUACAUUAUUCAUGAUUCAUUAUAGACCAUAGUGCUUUCAAAGAUGAGGAGAAUAAGUGAAUAAUUCACACCUGGGAGCAGCGCUUAGAGAAAAAGUUAUAACGUAAUUUAAUUUCCACCCCUUCACAGACUAAGGUGUACCAAUCAUAGUAUCAUUGACACACAUCAUCAUCCAGUCUCACUUCCCUUCCAGGUACCCUUUGUGAGGAGGUAGUGGACGAGUGCGACCCCAGCCCUUGUGAGAACGGGGCUACGUGUGAGAGCCUUGUAGGGGGCUUUGUGUGCCACUGCUCCCAGCAGAGCCUAGACAAGUUCCUGUAUGGGGGCCAGAACUGCAGCGAAGCCUUGGUUGGCUGCGAGGGCCAUGAGUGUCAGAACCAGGGCUCCUGCUCUCCAUUCCUGAGUGAUGGGCAUCAUGGCUACUCCUGCCACUGCCCCCCGGGCAACACCGGGCCUCUCUGCCAGACCCCCACAGCAUUCUCCUUCGAGCAGAGUGGCUACCUGUUGCUGCAGAGCCCCAUGAUUGCAACAGAGGCUUCCUGCAACAUCACCCUGAGCUUCCGGACAGUGCUGCCCAGGGCUGUGCUCUUCCAGCGGGGCAGUGGAAGGCAGGUCCUGGGUCUGGAGCUGUUGGGGAGCCAUCUGAGACUCAGCCUGAGGAGGGAGGCCUCAGGUGGGGCAGAGGGAGAGGCCCUGCAGCUUAGCCAGACACUGGAGCUCCCCAUUAACGUGACUGAUGGGGAAUGGCACUCUGUGGAGGCCGUGCUGGGGGACGGCCUACUCAGCCUCAGGCUCCUGGAUGAUGGGGUCUGUCAGGAACAGGACUGUGAGAGGGAAGCCCAGGUCGCAGGCACUCUGACUGGGACGGACUCUCCAGAGUCUCCCCUCCAGAACACCUUCAUCGGCGGGGUGGUGGAGGCAGGUGUGGUUCUGGAUCCGGUCCCGGCCUUUAUCGGCUGUCUGCGGGAAUUGUUUGUGGACUCCCAGCUGGUGGUUCCGGAGGAGUGGCUGAGCGACUCGGCGGUGAACGUGACUGUAGGCUGCAGCCACAGGGACAGAUGUCAAGACAGCCCCUGUCAGAACAGAGGACAGUGCACCAACCUGUGGCAGAGCUACCAGUGCUGGUGCCCCCGGCCAUAUGAAGGCCAGGACUGCGCUGAGGGUAAGAAUGGAGGAAUGAGUGGACAGAAUGGAUGGGGGUGCUUAGUAUAAGGUAUAGUCUCUGGGAGUCGCCGAGAUAACCUCUAAUUUCAAGGGUACAUUUUUGUCCAUUACAUGCAUACAGUGCCUUACAAAAGUAUUCAUCCCCUUGCCGUUUUUCCCAUUUGUUGCAUUACAACCUGUAAUUUAAAUAGAUUUUUAUUUGGAUUUCAUGUAAUGGACAUACACAAAAUAGUCCAAAUUGGUGAAGUGAAAUGAAAAGAAAAACUUGUUUCAAAAAAUUAUAAAAAAUAUAUAAUGCAAAAGUGGUGUGUGCAUAUGUAUUCACCCCCUUUGCUAUGAAGCCCCUAAAUAAGAUCUGAUGCAACCAAUUACCUUCAGAAGUCACAUAAUUAGUUAAAUAAAGUCCACCUGUGUGCAAUCUAAGUGUACAUGAUCACAGUAUAUAUAGACCUGUUCUGAAAGGCCCCAGUCUGCAACACCAUUAAGCAAGGGGCACCACCAAGCAAGCAGCACCAUGAAGACCAAGGAGCUCUCCAAACAGGUCAGGGACAAAGUUGUGGAGAAGUACAGAUCAGGUUUGGGUUAUAAACAAAUAUCAGAAACUUUGAACAUCCCACGGAGCACCAUUUAAGUCCUUUAUUAAAAAAUUGAAAGAAUAUGGCACCACAACAAACCUGCCAAAACUCCCAGACCAGGCAAGGAGGGCAUUAAUCAGAGAGGCAACAAAGAGACCAAAUAUAACCCUGAAGGAUCUGCAAAGCUCCACAGCGGAGAUUGGAGUAUCUGUCCACUUUAAGCCGCACACUCCACAGAGCUGGGCUUUACAGAAGAGUGGCCAGAAAAAAGCCAUUGCUUAAAGAAAAAAAUAAGCAAACACGUUUGGUGUUCACCAAAAGGCAUGUGGGAGACUCCCCAAACAUAUGGAAGAAGGUACACUGGUCAGAGUCAUGAGACAAAAAUUGAGCUUUUUGGCCAUCAAGGAAAACGCAAUGUUUGGCGCAAACCCAACACCUCUCAUCACCCCGAGAACACCAUCCCCACAGUGAAGCAUGGUGGUGGCAGCAACAUGCUGUGGGGAUGUUUUUCAUUGGCAGGGACUGGGAAACUGGUCAGAAUUUAAGGAAUGAUGGAUGGCGCUAAAUACAGGGAAAUUAUUGAGGGAAACCUGUUUCAGUCUUCCAGAGAUUUGAGUCUGGAACGGAGGUUCACAUUACAGCAGGACAAUGACCCUACGCAUACUGCUAAAGCAACACUUGAGUGGUUUAAGGGGAAACAUUUAAAUGUCUUGGAAUUACCUAGUCAAACCCCAGACCUCAAUCCAAUUGAGAAUCUGUGGUAUGACUUAAAGAUUGCUGUACACCAUCGGAACCCAUCCAACUUGAAGGAGCUGGAGCAGUUUUGCCUUGAAGAAUGGGCAAAAAUCCCAGUGGCUAAAUGUGCCAAGCUGAUAGAGACAUACCCCAAGAGACUUUCAGCUGUAAUUACUGCAAAAGGUGGCUCUACAAAGUAUUGACUUUGGGGGGUUGAAUAGUUAUGGACGAUCAAGUUUUCCGUUUUUUUGUCUUAUUUCUUGCUUGUUUCACCCCAAAAAAUAUUUUGCAUCUUCAAAGUGGUAGGCAUGUUGUGUAAAUCAAAUGAUACAAACCCCCCAAAAAUCCAUUUUAAUUCUAGGUUGUAAGGCAACAAAAUAGGAAAAAUGCCAAGGGGGGUGAAUAUUUUCGCAAGCCACUGUAGCUACAUACCGGCAUGCUCAAAUGUUUUGAGUAGAACAGCCUUUAAUAUUGCAGAUAGAUACUGCUUCCAUCAAUGUAAUUGUCUGCAUAAUUUCCAAUCCCCCAUAUACAUUUUAAUAUAUACAUAUAUAUAUAUAUAUAUAUACAGUGCAUUCGGAAAGUAUUCAGACCCCUUGACUUUUUCCACAUUUUGUUACAUUACAGCCUUAUUCUAAAAUUGAUUAAAUAGUUUUUUUUCCCUCAUCAAUCUACACAAAAUACCCCAUAAUGACAAAGCAAAAACAGGUUUUUGUAAAUUUCUUCAAUAUAAAAAAACGGAAAUAUUACAUUAACAGAAUUAUUCAGACCUUUUACUCAGUACUUUGUUGAAGCACCUUUGGCAGCGAUUACAGCCUCAAGUCUUCUUGGGUAUGACGCUACAAGCUUGGCACACCUGUAUUUGGGGAGUUUCUCCCAUUCUUCUCUGCUCUGUCAGGUUGGAUGGGGAGUGUCGCUGCACAGCUAUUUUCAGGUCUUCCCAGAGAUGUUCGAUCGGGUUCAAGUCCGGGCUCUGGCUGGGCCACUCAAGGAUAUUCAGAGACUUGUCCCGAAACCAAUCCUGCAUUGUCUUGGCUGUGUGCUUAGAGUCGUUGCCUGUAGGAAGGUGAACCUUCUCCCCAGUCUGAGUUCCUGAGCGCUCUGGAGCAGGUUUUCAUCAAGGAUCUCUCUAUACUUUGCUCCGUUCAUCUUUCCCUCGAUCCUGACUAGUCUCCCCGUCCCUGCCACUGAAAAACAUCCCCACAGCAUGAUGCUGCCACCACCAUGCUUCACCGUAGGGAUGGUUUAAGGUUUCCUCCAGACGUGACUCUUGGCAUUCAGGCCAAAGAGUUCAAUCUUGGAUUCAUCAGACCAGAGAAUCUUGCUCCUCAUGGUCUGAGAGUCCUUUAGGUGCCUUUUGGCAAACUCCAAGCGGGCUGUCAUGUACCUUUUACUGAGGAGUGGUUUCCUUCUGGCCACUCUACCAUAAAGGCCUGAUUGGUGGAGUGCUGCAGAGAUGGUUGACGUUCUCCACAGAGGAACUCUGGAGCUCUGUCAGGGUGACCAUGGGUUCUUCAUCUCUUCCCUGACCAAGGCCCUUCUCCCCCGAUUGCUCAGUUUGGCCGGGUGGCCAGCUCUAGGAAGAGUCUUGGUGGUUCCAAACUUCUUCCAUUUAAGAAUGAAGGAGGCCAAUGUGUUCUUAGGGACUUUCAAAGCUGGAUAUGUUUUUUUGGUACCCUUCCCCAGAUCUGUGCAUCGACACAAUCCUGUCUUGGAGCUCUACGGACAAUUCCUUUGACCACAUGGUUUGGUUUUUGCUCUGACAUGCACUGUCAACUGUGGGACCUUAUAUAGACAGGUGUGUGCCUUUCCAAAUCAUGUUCAAUCAAUUGAAUUUACCACAGGUGGACUCAAGUUGUAGAAAUGAUGAUCAAUGGAAACAGGAUGCACCAGAGCUCAAUUUCAAGUCUCAUAGCAAAGGGUCUGAAUACUUAUGUAAAUAAGGUAUUUGUAAAAACCUGUUUUCGCUUUGUCAUUAUGAAGAUUGUAGAUUGAUGAGGAAUUGUUUUAAUUGAAUCCAUUUUAGAAUAAGGCUGUAACGUAACAAAAUGUGGAAAAGGGAAGGAGUCUGAAUACUUUCCGAAUGCACUGUAUAACAUAUAUGUUUUUUAAAAUCUAUUUUCCUUUAUUAUUUUCUACUAACUCUACCAUCCCUCCUUUAAUGGGAAUAAACUAAUGGAUAACAACACUUAGGCUUCUACUUCCAGCUUAUACAUACUAUAUACAUUUUAAGGACACAAUCUAUUUUACAAUAGUUAUCUUUUGUUUGUUUUUAGUCCUAUCCUUCAGCUACCCUCAACCCCUCCCAUCUAUCUCUGAAGACCAUCCAGUUUUGAUUUCUAUUUGCCAUAUAUUUUUGCAACUGUGCUGUUUCACAAAAGUUCUGAACCUAUGUACAUUUUACGGACACAGUAUAUUUUACAUGAGUUAUCUUGCUAUUUUUGGUCCCACCCUUCAGCUCCACUCAACCCCUCCCAUCGCUUGCUGAACACCACCCAGUUUUGAUUUCUAUUUACCAUAUAUUUCUCAACUGUGCUGUGAUGUUUCACAAAAGAUCUGAACCUUUCUAUUCUGAUAGUUUCUACAGAUUUGUCACGAUCGUUUACUGAUGAUACGGACCAAGGCGCAGCGUGAUAAGCGUACAUUUUAUUAAGUACUAAACUCACGACAAAACAACAAACAAACGAAACGUGAAGUCCUAGGUUACACAAAACAAACCUUAACGGAACAAGAUCCCACACCGACUAGUGCCAAACAGGCUGCCUAAGUAUGGUCCCCAAUCAGAGACAACGAGCUACAGCUGCCUCUGAUUGGGAACCACCCUGGCCAACAUAGAUCUACACGAUCUAGAAAACACAACAUAGAAAACAUGACAUAGAAACUCCACACCCUGGCUCAACAUUUAAGAGUCCCCAGAGCCAGGGCGUGACAAGAUUGUAAAUUAAAUAUGAACAUUUUUGGUAAGAGUAUUAUCAUAUUAGUGAUUGAUUGACUAUGACUUUUUAAAUCACCAAGCAGUGCUAUUUGCAGAGUUAGCUCCUGGUAAAUGUUGCAACUCUUCAGCCAUUCCUGAACCUGUGACCAAAAACAAGCUACAUAAGGAUAGUACUAAAACAAAUUAUCUGAUGAUGAAUGAUUCUCUCUUCACAGCAAAAUCUGCAGCGCAUAUAUAUAUAUAUAAUAAUAUAUACGUAAAUUAUAAACAAAAUAUUGCAACCAAUAGAAUGAUAUAUAUAUAUAUAUAUAUAUAUAUAUAUAUAUCAUUCUAUUGGUUGCAAUAUUUUGUUUAUAAUUUACGUUUUGAAUCCAGCUUCAUUUAUAAACCAUGUGCCAUGGAAUUGGUACAUCAAAAAUCUCUUCCCAACUAUUUUGCAAUCUAUAUGGCACAGCUGUCCAUUUUUUUGUCUUUAAAUUUAACUGGUAUAACUUUUUUUAUUUAUUAAAAUUUUCUUUAACCAAUUGUGUUCUUUAAUGCAGGGCCGACAGACAAGUUCCUUACUUUCUCCCCCUUCCACUUGCCUCUAUCAUUUUUGCUGCAAUUAGUUGGUUGUCAUUUUGAGUAGAGCAGACAUUUCCAUAUAUUUUGUGUGACAUUACUCCACCAGUCCUAUUUAUGAUAUAAUUUACAAAGAUUAUAUAUAUAUAUAUAUAUAUAUAUAUAUAUAUAUAUAUAUAUAUAUAUAUAUAUAUAUAUAUUUAAAAAAUAUAUAUAUAUAUAUAUUUUCAUUUUUAUUUAUUCAUAAUAUUUGUUCUAAUAUUUGUUCUGUAUUUUCUGGUGGAUUAAACUGAAAUUGCAACCAACUUUCUAUGGCUUGUUUUAAAAAUAGCGAUAUUUUGGAGAUUAUUUCAUUUUCAAAUAACCGAAAGUGAGCGGUUGUAAUCUGAAUAAAGGGAAAAGGCCAUUCUUGAACAUGGGGUGAGACAUUCUUACUAAUCUGCUAGAGAACCAGUUUUAAGUAUACCUUUUGUAUGACUGAAGCCUUUAGUGAGAGGUCAAAUGCUUUAAUAUUUGAUUGUUUUUUGUCAUUUCUGCCCUCCGAAUUCAUAUUCAUUAUAUAAAGUAGAACAUCCUUAGUAGGCCUACAUAACAGAGAGAGCGUAGAGCAGAUCAGUCAGAAGUUACGGUGAGAGAUCAGCUCCCUGAAUGGAUUAAAGGGGAGGGAGAAAAUCUGUGUUGGAAACAAUGAGGUACUGCAAUGCCUUACAAGGAUGCAGCAGCGCUUACGACUCUUGCACAAUACAAACCAAAAUGGAUUUGCAACCAUAGUCACACAAAUGUCAGUACAGGGUACAGACCCUGGUAAGUCAUUUUGGUUCUUUCUUUUCAGAGAAGGAUAUUAAUAGCCAGUUGCCAUGAAAGCAGAUUAGUAAUCUGGCAAUACCUAAGAAAAGACACGCAGAAACACAAAAGCUACACACACAUGCUGAGAUCUAGAGUUGAACUACUGCUAUCCUAGAUGGUAUGGAUAAAUCAAGCCCUUUGCUCUCAAAUGCAUGCAGAUCACCAAUGUGUGUGUGUGUGUGUGUGUGUGUCUUUCUCAGGUUGGCUGAAAGUAGAUUCACAAGGCCGUGGGGCAAUUAACACAGUAUUACUCCCCCCCCCCCCCCCCCCCCCCCCCCCCUUGCUGUAUUAGGUACAGCACCUGUAGCCUGCUAUCUGCUAUUGGAACGGGAAGAAGGUGACAAUGAGAGAUUACAUUUGUUCUGUGUCUAUGCACCUGUGGGUAUGUGUGUCAUAUAUGGGAAAAUGCAGACAGUGCAGGCUGUGAGUGCUAUCUUAGACAGAUCAGAGUGUGUCCUAGAUGAAUGUCGUCUGGGCUGCAUCUGUAACAUGGGAACAUAUGGGCUACUGGCUGCUUACCACACACAAUAUAACAUAGCCUUCUUGGACAGUGAGCACUAGAGAAAGUCAUACCACUAGAAGUUGUAUUUUGUAUUUUUCUCACUCAAAACAAAUGCAUAAUUUGUACUAUUUGGGAACCACUAGUUGAAACCCUGAAUAUGUUAUAAUAAAACAAUCACCCUCAUCUUCUGUCCUCUCCCUCCCUGUCUCUCUCUGUAGAGUAUGUGACGGCCCGCUUCGGCAAUGAGGACUCUCAGAGCUACGCCGUCUUCACCACCACAGAUGACGCAGGAAGUGACAUCACUGUCUCCCUCUUCCUGCGCACACGCCGCCACGCUGGCCUUUUGUUGGUGCUCGCCAAUAGCACCAGCCAAUACCUGCGCCUGUGGCUGGACGAGGGGAGGGUCAGAGUUCAGCUCCAUAACUUUGAGACCUUGACCAGUGAGAGUGUGGUUAACGACGGGGACAUCCACUUUGUGAGCGUGGUGGUGGACCGUGAGCAUAUGGUCCUGUACGUGGCCAACCAGAAGCAGGGCUCAGUGGAGGUCAGGACGGUGGACAGUCAGAUGGGGGAUGUGGUGUAUGUGGGGGGUCUGGCAGAGCAGAAGUUGUCAUCAGCCUUUGGGGGCUACUUUAAAGGCUGUAUCCAGGACCUGAGGAUCAACAGUAAGAGACUGCAGUUCUUCAGGCUGGACACCACAGUGACGUCAUAUCCUCUGGUGCUCAUGGCUAACAUCACAGCGGGCUGCGCUGGGGUCGACUCCUGUAGUGUGAGUGGACUGAGCAAUCCUUACUACUCUCUCCACCUGCCUCUUCUACCCCUACUCUGUCCCCUUCUUUCACCUGCCCUACCCUGUCCUUUGCCCAUGCCAUACCUAGUCCUGCCUUUCCCUGCUCUGCACACAGCCAUGCCUUGUCCCUGCCCUACCAAUUCUGCCCCAGUCCUGGCUGUAAUGUAACAUAAUGUGGAAAAAGACAAGGGGUCUGAAAACUUUCUGAAUGCACUGUAUUACAUAAUUUAUGCAGUAGCAUACAAUUCAUUUUUAGACCCAACUUGUUGUGCUGUGCUCACUUGAACAGGAAGGUGGCGCGGUGGUCCUUCGUGGGCAAAUUCUGUCAUCAAACUUUGUCAUCAAAGUCUGGCAUUCUCUGGAUUUAUGGUGCUUUCAAGACAACUGGGAACUGACGUCAGUGAUUUUCAGGUUGGAGCUCUAGAAAAAGGCUUGAGUUUCCGACUUGGAAUUCCGAGUUGGAUGACCGUUCAAAACGUAUUUUCCCAGUCGGAGCUCAUUUUUGUCAGAGUUCCCAGUUGUCUUGAACUCACUGAAGUCUGAGAUUUCCCAGUUCCGUGUUUCCAGUUGUUUUGAAUACGGCAGAAGUCAUGCUGGAUUGACAGCAUGGCCAAUGUAUUCAACCUUUUCUGGUCCAUCGUGUUGAAUUCUUAUCCUUUUAAGCUUGGAAAAGAGACCCUUAAACCCAGACUUGGAUCACACACCCACUCCACUGAAUAGCAGGCUAGUGAUUGCUUUGCAACGCUUGCAGUUAGCCACUGAUUCCUUCCAAACCACUCAUUGUUGAAUUUGCGAUUUCCAACUUGUGGUGUAAUGUUUAUGUCCAAUGGCUGAUGACUUGAUUCAUGAUGACUGCUAGAUUGCUGGCUAAGAUUUUGAAAGUAUGAUGUUGACAUGAUCAGUCCAAUCAAAGCUAAGGUAGAUAUAACGUGAUUUGACAUAAUUUUAUCUGUGGCCAAUGACCUUGAGCCUUUUUGGAUGGGCACUUCUAUGGCAGAACCCAAGGGGCUUCAAUUAGCGAGCUCUACUCGUAGAUUUUGCCGUGACGUAGUGUCCCCAUGAGUGACAGAACACUCAAUCACAGUGCAACUAGAGAACAUUACCAACCCCUACACUCCGUAUUUUCCACUGGCUGCCCCACCACCACAGAAAGCACUGAGCUAGGCUGAAACACCUGCAUUUUGGAGCAGCCUCACCUGCCCUGAAUGACGGGUCGCCACUGUGAAUGAUUCAUGUAUGUUCACCUGCUCCCUCGUAUUUGCCUUGUUAGCAGCGCAUUCAUUCACUGUCCAACGGGAAACUCCACCCACGACAUAGGCCAAGAGGUGAAACAAACUACCUCAGCCCAGACCUACAGUGGCAAGUGGCAAAGAGACCAAGGCUGACAGUGGGAUUUUUUUGUUUGUUAUCCCUCGACUCCUGCCGUGUCAAAAGACAUUCCCAAACAAAAAAAAACCUGACUCUCGAAGAAUGAGUGUAUAACAGGUAAAUAGUCGCUGAUAUUUCAAUCAGAUGUCUAGCUAGCUAGGUAGCUCAAGGGCUCUGUCUGUUAACCAGGUAGCUAGCUAUAACUAGCUGGCUAGAAGGAUGAAGUUAGAAGCUAACAUUGAACGGAGCCAGACCUCAGCAGGAGCAGAUGACUGAAAUGAAGCUAGCUAUAAUCGAAAGAUGGGCUACUAUAAGUUCUCAUAACAAAAUAGCUUUUCUUUACAGACAGUGGUGAGACAGAAGGUGGUGAGUCAGGCUGCAAAGGAGAUACCCAGAGAGAGGAAGCAUUGAAGAAAGCAGGGAGAGAGGUUAGUAGUACAGUGGUUCCCAAACUUGUGGUUGGGGACCCAUGUGGGGUCCCCUAAAAUUUAAAUAGGGUCCCUUGAGAGAAUCUUUGAUCUUAUCAAACACAUUAAUUACUUGUUUCUCUUCAAAUGGGUUUAGAAUACAACAUUUUAGAGUCAACUAAGGACCUUUUACACUGUUAGAAUUCACUUUCAUGUCAUUAUGUGUUGGGACAGCCUGUGUGACCAAAACAUAAGUGAAAUAAAGACAAUUGAAAUGUAAAGACAAUUUAAUAUUAUUAGCAUGUACACUGAACAAAAAUAUAAAUGCAACAUGCAACAAUUUCAAAGAUUUUACUGAGUUACAGUUCAUAUAAGGAAAUAAGUCAACAUCAUCAGUACUGACUUACCACUCCUGUAUGUAGUAAAUAAGUAGUGAAACCCGUAUUAUUGAGUUGAACUUGUGGGCAGUGAAGAAUAGUACGUAAUUCUUUAUUGUUUUAUGAGGUUGUGGUGAUAUACUGACAUCUGGUGGCGACUAGAAACAAUUGCAUAAUAGGAACUAUUACAAAUUGAUGGUCCUUGAAAAUAAAUAUUAGUGCUUGAAAUUCCUUGAAUUUGACUUGCCACUGUCUGGAUGAACCCUGAUCUCACUCUCUAACACUCUCCAUCUCCAUCCCAAAUCCCUAUGUAUGAUGCUAUGAAUCAUGUAUUCUGAACAAAAAUAUAAAUGCAACAUGUAAAGUGUUGGUCCUAUGUUUCAUAUAAUAGUAAAAGAUCCCGAAAAUGUCCAUACUCACAAAAAGCUUAUUUCUCUCAAAUGUUGUGCACAAAUUUGUUUACAUCCCUGUUAGUGAGCAUUUCUCCUUUGACAAGAUAAUCUAUCCACCUAACCGGUGUGGCAUAUCAAGAAGCUUAUCAUUACACAGGUGCACCUUGUGCUGGGGACAAUAAAAGGCCACUCUAAAUUUUGCAGUUUUGUCACACAACACAAUGCUACAGAUGUCUUAAGUUUUGAGGGAACGUGCAAUUGGCAUGCUGACUGCAGGAAUGUCCACCAGAGUUGUUGCCAGAUAAUUUAAUGUUAAUUUCUCUACCAUAAGCUGCCUCCAAUGUCGUUUUAGAGAAUUUGACAGUACGUCCAACCGCCUCACAACCGCAGACCACAGUAACCACGCCAGCCCAGGACCACCACAUCCGGCUUCUUCACCUGCGGGAUCGUCUGAGACCAGCCACCCGGACAGCUGAUGAAACUGAGGAGUAUUUCUGUCUGUAAUAACGCCCUUUUGUGGGGAAAAACUAAUUCUGAUUGGCUGGGCAUGGCUCUCCAGUGGGUGUGCCUGGCUCCCAAGUGGGUGAGCCCCUGCCCAGUCAUGUGAAAUCCAUAGAUUAGGGCCUAAUGAAUUUAUUUCAAUUGACUGAUUUCCUUUUUAUGAACUGUAACUCAGUAAAAUCAUUGAAAUUGUUGCAUGUUGUGUUUAUAUUUUUGCUCAGUAUAUAAUGAGACACCAGAGAUUUCAUGCCUUCUCAAUGGUAAGUAGUCCAGGUUUGGCCGGGGUAGGCCGGCAUUGCAAAUAAUAAUUUGUUCUUACCUAACUUGCCUAGUUAAAUAAAGGUUCAAUACAAAUUAAUAAAGAAAAUAAGUAAACUAUUAGGUAUAUUUCCACAGCUGACAUUGUACUCUCUUACAUACACAGUCAGUCAGACAUGAGCAUUUAUGAAUGAUAAAAGAUAACCUGAAUGUUCCUCUAUCCUUUAGUAGUAGUAAUAAUAAUAAAAUUAAUAAACUGUAUUUGUUUUCUCUCCCUCUCCAGAGGAACCCGUGUCAGAACGGGGGCAUGUGCUACCCCAUGUGGGACGAAUUCGCCUGCACCUGCCCCCCCAACACUGCAGGGCGGCGCUGUGAGGAAGUAAAGUGGUGUGAGCUAGCCCCCUGCCCCGCACAGGCGGAGUGCCGCACCCUCAACCAGGGAUACGAGUGUGAGUCAUUCUGCCCUAAAUCUGACAAUAUGUGUGUUGCCAGUCAGACCGCCGUCGGUCUGUGACGUAGGACUGGGAUUAGGCCAGAUUAGCCUGUGGUUGGAUCAGUGAUGAUUUACAUGGCCGUCUGUCUGCCCUGUCACCCCUGUGAUUAGUUGUCCUGGAAUGAGGACAGAAACAACACUGUCACUCACAAAGCAGAGGAUACAGUGUUGUUGUGUCUGCCCAGCACACAUUCGUUCAUCAUACAGCCUUUUGUGGUUGAUUUUCUAUUAUUUGUUAAUGUAUAUUUUUUUAUUGCUUUACAUUUUACAUUUUAGUCAUUUAGCAGACGCUCUUAUCCAGAGCGACUUACAGUUAGUGAGUGCAUACAUUUUCAUACUGGCCCCCCAUGGGAAUCGAACCCACAACUCUGGCGUUGCAAACGCCAUGCUCUACCAACUGAGCUACUUUUAUUCCAUGGUCCAUAUUCCAUCACAUUUUGGAUUGAUCCUGAGGGUUAAAGCCUUUAUUAAAUUACCACAUAUUUACAUACCUAUCCCUUAUUUUCCUUCCCAGGCUUUUCCAACGCUACCUUCCUUGACGACAGCAGUGUGCUGUCUUACCGCGGUAACGGCCGUAUCCAACGUAGCCUGGCCAGCAUCUCCCUCAGCCUGCGCACCCGCGUACGCCACGUCGCCAUCCUGCAUGCCGAGCGUGGGCCGGAAUUCUUGACAGUGUCUGUGCAGGACGGCCUUCUCUUCCUGGAACUCCAGAGCGGGGAGGGGGAGGGGGAGGGCAUGUCCACUGUGUCCCUGAGCAGCCGGAUUGGGGUCAGUGACGGGGAUUGGCACAGCGUCCACCUCUUCAUGGUCACCCCCUGGGCAGAAGCGUCCCGCUGGACCUUAGUGCUGGAUGACGAGGUGGAGGAAGAUGGGACCUCCAGCAGCGAAGGGGGCAACCUGGACUUCCUCAGGGAAGGGGUGGACAUCCAGCUAGGGGGGCUGGGGCCCAAGGCUGGCUGGAGCCUAGGGGGGUGCCUGGGUACUGUGGAGGUGGGGGGCAUCGCCCUGCCUUACUACAGCCCAUCAGAGGUCAACCUGCCCCGGACUCAGGAGGAGCAGUUCCUUCGGACGUCCCCCAACCCACCCCAAAGAGGGUGCAGUGGAGGCCCGGUGUGCCAGCCCAGCCCUUGCGUGAACGGAGGCAGCUGUCAGGACCUCUGGAACCUGUUCAACUGUAGCUGUGAGGAGGGCUGGACCGGACGCCGCUGUGAGCGCAAUACAGACACCUGCGCCUCCAACCCCUGUAUCCAUGGCAACUGCAGCAUUCAGGGGCUGGCAUAUGAGUGUGCCUGUGAGUUUGGCUACACCGGGGUGGACUGUGAGGAGGAGGUGGAUGUGUGUGAGAACCAUCUAUGCGCUAAUGGAGGCACAUGUCUACAUGGAGUGGACAUGUACGCCUGUCUGUGUGCUGAGAACUAUACCGGACCUAACUGCAAGUGAGUUACAUGGGUAGGGUUAGGAAUGGAAUGGAAUAUAAUAUAAUAUUUAUUUUUAUACAAAGGAAUGAACACAAAACUAAACAGUCACCUCAUCUUGAAACAUUUUCACCAAAUUGCUGCAGCUUUUAUGUACCUUUCAUCUGUAAAGUUUGUAUUCCAAAGUUGCAGUCCCUUUGAGUUUAAACACAAUUUGCUAAAUAUUAAGUAUAAUAACCAACAGUUGAAACAAUAACAUCAUAAAACAAUAUUUUAUGUUUUGAAAACAUGGAUUCAUCUUCAAUGAGAUAAAAGCAUAAUCAAAGGAUCUCAAUGCAAAUUCACCAAAGCAAUAGUACACCAGCAGGACUCCCUUUAAGCAUUACAACUCAGCAAGGAAAAAGGAAACCAUGUCAAUGUUCAGAUCUCCGUCAAGCACUUAAACCAUGCAUGAACUGUGUGUUUUAGAUGUAGCAUUUCUGUUCUACUUAACGUCAUGUAUGGCUUUAGUGUGUCGCUGUAGUCUGUGUAGUAACAUUGCUGUAGUAUGUCACUGUAGUGUACUGUGUGUAGUGUAUUUAUCUCCCUGGUGGUUCAGUGCUACUCCCUCUCAUCUCCCGUUUGCCUCGGAGCAUCAUCGAGGGAAUGCCUCCAUCCAUUUAUCUUGUAAACACACACUCUCUCACAUACACUACCAACACUCUCUCUUUCUUUCUCGCUCACACACAUUCUCUCACAUCGCUCCUUCACAGGGACGUUUUUGAAACAACCUCCCUCAGUAAGCUAGAGUUUCAGACAAGAUGUCUAUCUUUACUGGAAAGUUUUCAUCCUAAAUAAAAAAAAAUGUUAUAUGUAUUGUUCCUCCUCUCUCUCUCUCUAUCUCUCUCCAGUGAUCGUAUUGAGGAAAUUCCAUGGUACAUAGACAACAGAAAAUCGUAAGUUUUUAUUAUUUGCUACUCCUCCCACCUAUUUCGAGAAAUGCCAUAACAACCAGCCCCAGUCUUCUCCCCCUACAUAUCCGGAUGUUGUAAGUCCAUCAGAGAAGGACAGAGUCCAUGAUGUUUAAAAGUCCUAUAGUAGUGCUUUAAUGUCCUGUACUUGAGGAGCAGUCAGGGGUCUAAAUUUAAUCAUCCUGAUCGCCCCAUAAAUCCUGUAGUCUCCUAGUGGGGAGACAGACGGUACAUCCCACUCCCCAUAGUUCACAAACACAUAUUAGCAGACAAUAAAACCCUUUACACAUGUACCCAAUUACCCAUGCCCCCCAUUAAUCUAACGUCAGGUGGUGUUUCUUCUACGCACUGCCCCUCACUCAACCACGCUACCGGAAGCAAGACAAUGCCCUGCCCCCUCCCAUCUAAAUCUCUCUCAAGCACAUACACACACACACACCACACACCCCCACCCUCUAGAGGAGUGUGCCUGUCUGUUUGUGUGGUUUUCUCUCUUUAGUAGGCCCAAGCUGCCAGUGUCUGUCUGUGGAGAUGAGAGCAGAAACUACAUCUGCUUCAACGCAGGGAACUGCACUGAGAGAGACCUGUCUUGUGACUGUCUACCCGGCUUCACUGGACACCGGUAAGAGAAAGAUAGAGAAAAGAGAAGGAUACAGAGGGAAAAAGAAGGAAGGGGGUAGAUUGGAGGGGAGAGAUCAUCUAAAAGUAUACCCAGACAAAUAGGUGAACUUUGUAAAACAUGCAUUAGACACAGACCAUCUUGAUGUUGUGUGUUCUCUUUUUUUUGCCUCCGUUUCUAUAUCUGACCCUCAUCCUGUGUGUAGCUGUGAGCAGGAGGUGGAUGAGUGCAAGUCCAACCCCUGCUGGAACGGGGGCUACUGCCGAAACCUCAUUAACAAGUACCACUGUAUGUGUGACAUGAGUUUCGCCGGGGACAAUUGCCAGAUCGACGUAAGCGACGUUUUCUUUUACUCGGCCUUACUGUUCUGGCAGAACCUCUUCCAGCUGAUCUCCUACCUCAUCCUGCACCUCAAUGACGAUCCUGAGAUCGACUGGGGAGGGCAAGACUAC